AUGCCUCAGCCAAGGAAAAACCACAGAGCGGAGAUAGUUAACGGGAAGCUAUUUAUCUUGGGUGGAACAACAGACCAGGGUAAAGAUGCCACUGAUAGUGUUGUUGUCUAUGAUUUCAUCAACAACGAGAUCAAGCCAUGUCUAUCGUUACCCGAGCCUACCUGGCUUAUGUCCACAGUUAUUUGGGGCAAUACAAUUAUUGUUGUCGGCGGGGUGGAUAAGAAUGACCAGGAUCUAGAUGACGUCAUCAUGUAUCACACUGAGACAGGCCAAAGUGACAGAUUACCUUCACUGAUACACAAGAGGUAUGGUUCGUCAGCAGUAAUUAUGCAUGACGUCAUCAUUGUAUUGGGCGGACACAGUGAUAACGAGGGAUAUCUCAACUCAGUAGAGAGUUUCACAAUGAGAGAAGAUCAGUGGAAAGAAUUGCCAGGAAUGAAAGAGAAAAGACAUCGCGCAACUGCUGUAUUGAAACCUCGCAACUAG